CACGGAGGCCCCACCGCGACCGCGCCGGUCUCUCUCACUCCGCGCCGGGCUCUUCAAAUUCUCCCGCCGGGCUGCUUUUACUUAAAGACUCAGUCCUAGGAGGUUCAUAAACUCAAAUUAAAGGCUGCCGAGAUGCAGGAUGCACGGUAACGGCGCUACUACCUCGACAGAGAGUCUUCGGAUCAGACCGUUCGCGUGUUUAGGUUUACUCGGGGGCGGAGUUGAGGCCGUCCCGGGAAGAAAUGUCUGUCACCUUCCGCUCCUGGUUUCCUCUUCUCGUCUGCUGCUGUCUCGACAGCGCAAGUGUUGUGGUGAGUGGAGACAUCAGCGAUGGCAAAGACACAGGUGGGACUAAAAGCACGAAGGUGAAAGGGGUGGAGUUCAAGCAUCACCGCUAUGCGGCGCUGCAGCGGACGUUACGUGAGACCGCGGCCAUGUGUCCUAACAUCACCAGACUGUACGACAUCGGGUACAGCGUGCGGGGCCGAGCUCUCACCGUCAUGGAGAUAACUGACAACCCGGGCGUGCAUGAGCCAGGUGAGCCAGAAUUUCGUUAUGUCGCCAACAUCCAUGGGAACGAGCCGCGGGGACGAGAGCUAAUGCUGCACCUGACACGGUACCUGUGCGAGCGCUACCUAGCGGGAGAUAAGCGCAUUACAACUCUGAUAGACAACACGCGUAUCCACAUCCUCACUGCACUCAACCCGGAUGGAUAUGAGGUCGCAGCAGGCCCGGGUAGUCCAGAGCACGAGAACUCGGUGUGGAGCGGGCGUCUGAACGCGAUGGGGAUCGACCUGAACAGGAACUUUCCCGACCUGAACUCCCAGGCCUACUACAACGAGAAGUUUGGCGGGGACAACCACAACUUCCCCAUCCCUGCACACUUCUGGUAUUUCAACCAGGUGGCGCCUGAAACCAAAGCCAUGAUCAAGUGGAGUCAAGACCUCCCCAUCGUCCUUUCCGGCCACUUCCACGACGGUGAACUGUUAGUGAACUAUCCCUACCAGGUGACCCGCCAGGGGUAUGACCUGUGGGGCUUCUUGUCCGCCGAGAGCCGGACGCCGGAUGACGGGAUGUUCCGACACCUGGCGCAGACGUACGCCGUCUCACACCGCACCAUGACCAACCCCUACACCAAACCCUGCCGGUACCAGAACUUCGCCAGCCAGGGCGGCAUCGCUAAUGGCGCUUCCUGGUUCAGCGUGUCCGGAGGUCUGUCAGACUUCCUGUACCUGCACACCAACAGUCUGGACCUCGCCAUGGAGCUCGGCUGCUCCAAGUUUCCCGCGGAGAAGGACCUGGAGAAGGAAUGGCACAACAACAAGGAAUCUUUACUCAGGUUUAUGGAGCAGAUCCAUAUCGGCAUCAAAGGCUUCGUGCGUGACGAGAACUGCAAGCCGAUAGAGGGCGCUGUUAUCCAUGUGGAGGGGAUCGACCAUGACGUCACCACAGCGCGGGACGGAGACUACUGGAAGCUGGUUCUACCGGGGUACUACACCGUCACGGCGUCGGCGGGAAGCUUCACCACCACCCGGGAGUGUUUCCUGCACUACCGUAACGAGGCGGUCCGCUGUGACUUCAUCCUGGGCACCAACACAUCCGUCCGCUGUCCCGAUCACACGGCGGAGGGGGGAGGGCGGACCCGCACUGGUGAGGAAACAAAAACGUCCUCGACCGUCUCGCCGACUCCGCCCACUAGCGUUGCCAAGACAACCGUUGCCAUGACAACAACCGUACUAACAGAAGGCUAUGACGUCAUCACUCCAUCUCAGGAGAAUAAGAAUAAAGCAGAAAAGAGCGGUAGGAUCAAAGACAUCAUUACACCGGCCACGCCCACUAACGCACCAAUCAAACGCUUCCUCAGAGGGUUCGUGUAUGACGUCACCUGUAAGCCAGUGGAAGGAGCCAUUGUUCACGUGGUCGGCAUCACACUAAGUGUGUUUACAGCUACUGACGGUUACUACUGGCGGCUGUUGACCCCGGGCCGCUACACGGUCCUGGCCAUGGGGCGGGAGUUCUCCACCUCCCGGGAGUGUGCCGUGGACGACCGGGGAACCCGCUGUGACUUCGUGCUGAGUCCUGACCCUUCUAUUCGCUGUCAGCGAACACCUACCGACCCCCCGAUGGAAACGACAACACCUUACAACGGUGGCACAAGAACACACUACAACGCCGAGUGUUGCUGUUCUACCACCAACAACAACGCCCUGGACAACCACCUCAGGAUAUGA